AUGAAGUUUUAUCUGGGAAAAUGGUGCAAGCAGCCGUUUAACUCAGACCAUAAAGUUGAUAUUGGCUUAAUUAUUGACUGGUCGUAUUACAAGCAGCGUCUUAGUUCAGCUAUCCAAAAAGUUAUUACUAUUCCCGCUGCAAUGCAGAAGGUGCCUAGGGUGCUUCAUCCUGAUUGGCUUCAUAAAAAGGUCCGUGAGAAAGAUGAUAAAUUUCGCCAGAGAAAACUAGCUGAUAUGUUCAGCUCAGCAACACAAAGAUGGUGUGUUGGACAAAAAUCAUUUGGUGAUGAUGUGAACGAUAUUGAGGAUAUCGAUUUUUGCAAAGAAAACAAGCCUGGCGUAAAGGGGCCAAAGCCAAUUGCACGUUCUUAUGAAGUUAAUAAAGAACAGUUUGGACGUGAGCAGAAAGGGAGCAAGGACCCAAAGUGCGAUGACGAUGAUAUCUCAUUUGAGAACAUUGACAAGAACGUGGAUUGCCAAGGUUGGCUUGCAGUGAGAAAAAGAAAAUGGAAAUGGAAGAAAAACCGAAGGUUGGGUGGUCAACGAUCUUUAAAGCAGAUUGAUGCUCAUGAGGUAAAGAAAAGAGUCUCACAGGUUAGAAGAGGUGUAGGUUCAUUCUUUAGGAGGCCUGUAGAAGCUUUGACUAGAUCACAUUGGCAGGUGUUUGCGCUGCUUUUGACUGAUUUGCGGAGAUUAGGUGCUACAAUAAUAUUUGCAGACUUCUCAAAGAUCGUCAUCGACACAGGGAAAUUUGAUCCAUCUGCUGCUAAGGCUUAUCGUGACAGCUUGCUCACAGCUGUGGGGAAUAGUCUUUCUCCAGAUGGUCUCUCAUGA